CUGUCUCGUCCAUAUAAUGUUAGGAAUCACCUUCGGAGGACGAUAACAAAACUGGACAUUCAUCAGGCAUUUCACACACCUCUUUCUCUCGGUGCCAGCCACCCUCUCUCUCGCUCACUUUAGCCAUGUCCUGAGCUGAGGACAAUCACAAUAGCCUAUGUCCACUCCGCUGACCAUUCACUGACCACUCCACUUCGGCAGCUAAUCUUUUUAUUUCAAUCCAUUUAGAUGAAUGGAAUCUGGGUAUAGGGAUUGUCGUAAUCGCGUUGGUUGUUCCGUUUGUUUGCAAGCCCGGUCUUUUCAGGAUAAUCAAGGACCCAGCUUGAUUGGUCUGAAAAGAGGACCAUGUUACAUGUAUUCAGACAAAACCAGAAAUAGUUCUCUUACAAAAGGAGAGAAGGAGGAGCACCGGUUGUAAUUAUCCAAUGCAGUGCGCUGGGACUUGUGGAUCUACUCAACGACUCACACCUUGUUCAUUUCUCUCAACAAAGUUGUUUUGUUGCUGCGACCAUUACGAAAAUGGACAACAAGUGAAAAACAAACGACUGGUGGUGUACUUUAAUAGCUGUUUCAGAUUGAAGAUGUUCUUUAGGCCUGCACUGUGAAUCAAGCUCAACAAGUCAUUUGUAUCCUCGUUUUAAACUUCGGACUGCAGCUCAAGAUCAGUGAUUCCAAAUGUGCUUGCGAUUUGAAGACCAAUUGCUUGACUUGAGGUGGACUUGCGAUAUCUUUUCCUGAAAUUUUGAUAUUUUAAUGUUCUCUUGAGAUUAUGGUGGCAUAAAAAACAAGCACCAACAUUCAGUAAAAAAGAAUUGUCCUUUUAUUUUCAGGAAGGUUAUUCCAGUGUCUCUGAAUGCAUUUCAGUCAAGAAUGAAAUGUUUUGACCAAUCUUUUUAGAGAAAACAAUUAUUUUAACUGGACCAUUUACAUUUUCUAGUAGUCGAUUUGUGGAGUAUUCAUUUACAACCCUGAAUGGUAUAUCUGAUUCAACAUUUGACAUUCUAAUGAGAAAAAAAUUAUAAUUCAAAGAGUGGAAUUGUAGGUUCACAUGCGUGCAUGUGCUGGAGGAAGUGAUAAAAUUCUUCAAGACUAUCAUUGUCACCCUGCAAAGUGUGAUCUCGUGCUAUCUGAUACCAUUUUCUUUGCGUGACUUUGACGCUGCCAAACUAGAUUAGAGAAGGACAUCACACUGAUACGGUUUUCACGGAAUUCUCGGAAGAAGGUGCCAGCAGCCAAUAUCAUUUUUUUUAAUGACUGGAUUCGAUUUCUUACCAGAAGCCAUGUUUGAGCAAGUCUUGGGAGCUCUGUCCAAUGUUCCGGUUCCCAUGCCUGGCAAUGCUGGGGCAUCACCGGCGACGUUUGGAGAUGAUACACCAAGCCACACGCCCACCGCAAUGGCAGCAACCAGUACCUCACACCAACCCGUCCAGAAACCCACCUCAACCCAAGGUCACAUGCAAUCACCGCCACCAAACUCCUGCUGUCAGGUCUGCGGCGACAAGUCUUCGGGAUUCCACUAUGGCGUCUUAGCUUGCGAAGGAUGCAAGGGCUUCUUCAGGAGGAGCAGCAAGAGAGAGAAGGAGUAUACGUGUCGGCAUGGCAACGGUCACUGUACGAUAGGGAGGAUGAAUAGGAACAGAUGUCAGCAUUGUCGGUAUAAGAAGUGUUUAGCAGUAGGAAUGUCCAGAGACGGUAAGACAUCAGCAGUCAGGUACGGCAGGGUUCCCCAGAGGGGCAAGAAAAAUGGACCGGUGGGGAGCUUAUCGCCAGGCGGGGCGACGUCGAUGCGAAAAAAGAGCACGGACUCGGAGUACGGUCCAAGCGACACAGACGAUAUCCUCCAACCCUUUCCACCCAUGCCGGUGAACGGAUCGACCUUUGACCUCACGCCGCCCCAUUCGAUGCUACCGAUGGGAGCCGACUCCACGCUGCACAUCAAGCAGGCAGAGAUGUACGAGCUAGUUAACACGAUAUCGUACGCGUUCCGUAUGACGUGUUUGUAUACGCCUUCUAGUGCGCCGUUUCUCAGGGGUUUCACGUUCCCUCAGGAGAAUCAAAACUCGCACUUCCCGACUGAAGAUCUGGAUGCACGGGGAAGAAAUCAGUGGGUCCAGCUGUCCCACAUUCUUGACCAAGCGGUCAGCGGUCAAGUAGAAUUUGCCAAAGCCAUUCCAGGGUUCAGGAAUCUGACCCAGGAUGACCAACUUCUCUUACUAAAAGCUAGUUUCUUUGAAAUGUGGGUCGUAAGGAUCGCUCCUCUCCUCAUGAUCCCCUCCGCCCCCCACACCAACAAUGGAAUGGGCCCGAUGAUGACAUCACUGACCAUGGACAUGCACCACUCCCCAUCCUCGGGGGUCAACGGCAUGGGUACGGGGUCGUUACUAUGGCAACAGCUCUUCCAUGUCUUGGGCGGUGACCUGUACCAUGCCAUGCAUCAGUUCGCUCAGGAGUUUAAUCAACUGGGUUUGCUGGAAACGGAGGUGGCGCUAUACGGGUCCUCCUUACUGGCAGCAAAUGAUAUUAUGGGAUUAAGCAACCCACAGGCAGUGGCGGAGCUGCAACACCAGCUUGUCGAAGCCCUCCAAGUCCAAGUAGACGGCAACCACCCAUCGGCCGCAGCCCCCCUCAUGGCCACACUCUACGGUAGGGUCCAGGAGCUCCGGCGGAUCGGUGGCAUGCAUCGGGACUUUGUCCUGGGGUGCUCGCAGCGCUGGCCGGACCUCUGUCCCGGGCUUCCGGCGCUGUACACGGAAAUGAUGGACAUAACGGUGAUGUGAUGAACUGAAGGAGAGGGUGGCGGAGGAGCAGGGAGUGGAAAGGCGAUUGAUUCUGAGAUGGCUUGUAGUAAAGAUGAUUAGUUUAGGAUGGCAUUGAACGAAGAACCAGCAGGAUGGAGGAAGAACUGAUGCUACAAGAAAUUGAUGGCAGGAAGAAUAAUAGAAAGAAUGAAUUGAUAAAAGGAAAAAGACUCUUUAUGGAUAGAUGAAGGGAAGGAGGAAACGAUAUAAUGAGAAGAUUUCUUUGUGUUGACGUUGGAAUGUUUGUUGGUUGUGCGUGUACUCAUGGCUGCAUGGUAUCCUAUGGAAAAAAAGUAUAGAAAAUUUUAUGAAUUAUAAUUGCUGGCAGAAAAAGAAAAUCAACUUCUUUAGGAUAUCAAAUAAGUGCACCUUAUAUAACCCAAAGACAGUUGAUUUUAGAAUAGAGAGAAUUUGGUAUAAAGCAUUAUGCAACAUAAUUGACCCUAAGAUUGUAAGGUCAUAAGUCAUGACCCUUUGGAGAAUAAGGUUAUGACCUUAGUGUUUAACGCAGAUGACCAGGAAGGGUAUGAUUUUCUGAUAGGAGGUUAUACCCACUGUUGAGGUCAUGACCUUUUGAUUGAUCAAGACCUAUGGGUAUAUGAAAUUAUAAUAGAUAUGAUUUAUAUUCAGGGUUUUAAGGGUUCCAAAAGAGUAGUUAGGAAGGAGCAUGCAGCUGUUAAAGGAUCUAAAAGAAGAAAAAAAGAUGAGUGACCCUAUGAGAUUUUCAUUGCAGGGUCAAAGGCCAAAAGCCAAAAUGUUAGAUAAUUGUGAGAAGGUUUCUAUUAGAGGGAAACAGGCGACUCCUCAUCUACUGAUAUACAGAAAGAAAUUGCGAUGAAGCAGAUUUAUGUGAAUGUCAAUACUUAUAGAUGGUUAUGGUAGCGAGGAGGGAAAAAAAGAAAAGGAAAAGGCAAGGAACUCGUUAUCAGUGCAAAUCGAACCAGACUGUCACCUAUCUAUAUUGAAAUUGUGUGUUAGUCCGAGAAGUGUAAACCAGUAUUUCUUUUUUCCGUGGAGUGGAAAUUUGUUUCCUUUAUAUGAUCAGUGUAUUUGCGUGACAACUCGAAAAACAUGUAUACUGCCGUGGAUUUAUCUGUAAGAUAACGGCUUUGGCAGCAAGUUAUUCAACAUGUGUGUGAUUUUUUCAAAAAAUACAAGAAGAUAUACAGUUCAGGGGCAUUUUAUUACAAAGCAAGCGCUUUUUUCAUAUUUUUUUUUUUGCUUUUAGCAUGAACUUUGUAAUAUAAAUAUAAUUAUAUAUAUAUAUAAAAUAUAUAUAUACACGCUUUAAUGUGAGUAAACUAUAUAUGAGUCUAUCUUGCUUGUAUUUGUAUGCGCAAUCUCCGUGGAUAAGGUGCCAAAAAAAGGAGAAUAUGAUGUUUUCUGAUUUAGAGGGAUGAGUGGAAGUCCGACAUGAAUGUUUGUCCAACUUCCACUUAUUGACGUAGUAAGAUAACUUGUUUCACUGGUUGUGAAGAUGUUAAUAGAGUUCUGUGUGAAGUAUCGUGUAGCAGUGUAGAUAAGCUUGUAGGAUAAUGGCUCGUAAAAAAUAAUAGUGAUGAUGCAAAAUGGCAUACCUCUGUAUGCGGCUCUGUAAAUAAUAUGUAUGUCUACGCAGGUAUUAAAACGGCAGGGAAAUUCGUAUUUUAAUUCUUUCAUAUUUUUUCCUCUCUUGUGUAUAUUCGUGUUGUCGCCAUUGUUGGCCGAUUAGGGUAGCUUGCCCUUUUCUUAUGUAACAUUUUCAUCAUCUUUUCAAGAUGUCUAAUAGUUAUGUUUUGACGAGACUUUGAAUUGUGAGCAUGUGAAUAGAGAGGUCUCUCUUGAAUCCCCCUUUCCUCCCCGAUAGCAAGAUCCCUCUCUUUCCAUGUAAAUCGUCACCCCUUUCAAUGUCGCAAACAAUCCACGUUUCGUCCGGGUAUCUGAUCAUUUCAGGGUGUUCGUUUUUCAGAGGAUAUUUUUUUAUAUAGUUCGCUCAAAAUCUUUUAUAUGCACUGUGUAUUUACCUCAUAGUUAUACCUCUUGGCAAACCAUUAAACACAUUCAUAGAAAUACUCAACCGAUGAGUCUUUGUUGCGGUACAUAAUUACGCCUCUUCUGCUAAGGGUGCCAGAGGCGUACGCACGUAUUCUGAGCUCGGUCAUAUAACUGUUAACCGUGACACGGUUUGUGCUAAACAUAUCGCAAUGACUUGGCAACUUAGAACAAGCUCAAGUCGUGUGUAAAGUUGUGCAUAAAGUUGUCUGUGAAGUUGUGCGUAAAGUUCUGCAUAAAGUUGUGUAUAAAGUUGUACAUAAAGUCAUCAGUAACUCACAGACCUGUGUUAACUUAAAUUGUGCUCUAGGUAUUCUUGGAUUUUGGGUUCUAAAAACAAACACUGUACAUGUAUAUCCCUCAUUGUUGAUGGGAUCUUUUCUCUUGCUCUGAUGGUGAAUAAGACUAAUGUAGUUUUUAUUCAAAGACAGUAUGGAGUGCCGAAUGUUCUGGGGGGAGUUUCACAAAGAUUUAAGUAUGACUUACAGUCGCACUUAUAAGCCUAGUUGCAUGCGGUAUAAAAGACAUCACCGCAUUGGUCAGAGCAAGCCAAGAGGACGUGCACUAUUGCAUAUCGAUCAAUAAUAUUGCGCGUUGCAUACCAUGUAUGCGUCAGCAUUUAAGUACAACUUAAGUCAUACUUCAUUCUUUGUGAAACACCCCAUGUAAGAGUUAAUCAUCGACAGUUGAAGGUUAGUUGCUACUUUUGGCUACCCAUAGUUCAACUACAGUGCAAGCCCAAGUUCUGAAUACAUAUGAUUACAUUUUAUUAUUACUGUUAUACUGGAUUUUCCGGGAGAAUGGAUGAUUUCAUGAAUUCUUUGCCAAGUUAGUAACGUUCAUACUACCUCAUUUUUUGUCAGUGCCUAGUUGUUUGUACUUGUUUUGUGGAUGGAAUGAUUAUGAAGAAAAAUAAUUAUUGAGGAAAGCAAAGAUUUGAAUGGGAUAUUACAAAUUCUCACCGAUUUUAGUGCAAAGCUUAUGAAUAUAAAUUGGCUGCAGGAUUUGUGAUAAGAAUAUAAUAAAGAAGGAUUAAAAAUUUGCCAUUAAAUAGCAAAAUGUU